AAAUGAUUGGUUGGCAUUGGCAACGUUUUAGCCAGGUCUGACGGCGUACACAGUCUCUGUAUAAAGAAAUCGAAAGGAAAGAUUAUAAAAAAGAAUCCAGCUGAGGACUUCCGAACCUUUGUAUCUUUCAAAUCCACUCACCAUAGAGGAGCGAGGAGCGAGUACAGACUGCAAACAGAAUGACCAGGUCUGAAAAAGUUACUGCACUCAAGUGCUAAUAAACAAGUACAAAUGGAGUAGUGUUAACAGUGAUCAUUAUAGUUUCAUCAAAUGGAAUUGUAGCUCAUCUGCUCCCAGGAUGGUGAAUAGUUACAAGCGGACUUCAAGCCCCCGAUCCCCUACUAACACUGGGGAGCUCUUCACCCCUGCACACGAGGAAAAUGUGCGCUUUAUACAUGAUACUUGGCAGUGUGUGCUCAGAGACAUCAGAUCAACACAAAAUAGUGAACGUAAUGACCGUGGACCACAGGAGUAUGUGGAGAAGAACCCAAAUCCUAACCUACAUUCUUUUACACCAGUGGACCUGAGUGACCUCAAGAAACGCAACACACAGGACUCCAAAAAGUCCUAGUCUUUCUCAUGAUGGUCCGGUCGCUUUUUUCCACCCAUUAUCCUCAAGAACUUUUCCUCCAUCAGUCCUCCGUCAGCCAGAAAGUCAGCCCUGAUGGCCAGUCUAGCACAGAAUGCCAAUCUUGUUUCUAAACUCCGGACCCAAACGACCCCCGUCUCUUUCUUUAUCCUCUACAACUGACUAAGAAGAAAAGAACCAGGAUUUCAGGGAGUACAAACUCUCCCCUUUCUUGGUUCAUGUUUUUUCAAGUCACAAAAUCUUCAUAUAUACAUUGUUUAUGUGGAUGGGACUGAUGCAAACUUUCAUCAAAAUUUGCUGACAUCUGAUGCUGAGGUACAAACUGUUGACACUCUCCACAGGACACAAAAGACUGCAGUCUUAAAUACAAACCCUGUUUUCUUUACUACUGCUACAUAUAUGACUUUGGAGGAAAAUGCGAAAGGGCUGACUUCUAUUUUUUUUAGUUUGUUUUGGAAGAUAGUUUGAUCAAUAAAUUGUAGAAGUAAUGAAAUUGUCACAUUGGAUACACAGUUCCUGGGCAAGUUUUGGAAGCCAAAUGCAAUGUAGAAGGCCAACAUUUUUAUUAUAAAUUUUCUUGCCCUCAAAUGGACUUUACUAAGUAGAGACCUCCCCAAGUAUGCCACCCUUGGUUAACCCCACCUUCCCAAAACCUUAAAACAAAAUGUUGAAUAAAGGACUUUUACAGUA